AUGCCGCCACGGCUCUCAUUACAGCCGCUUUCGCGGCACCUGAAGCCUCUUGGCCUCCAAACAAAUGCCGCGUUCUCUUCAACGGCCAGAAAUGGAGUCCUGAAACUCACCGAAGCGGACGCGUCCAGGAAGCUCUUACACUUUGACGAAAACCAAGAACCCAACAGUCCUUCCGGCCCUAGGGGUCGCAAUGCGUUCAACAGGUCGUCGCCCGACCAACCCAAUUCGGCGACGCCGCAUGACGCCCUCAGCAGCCUGAUGAGUUCGACGCGCGCGUACGACAGGCUCACGAUAAGGAGCGACAACACUGCACAGAGGGCAAAGGACAAUACCUACCGCGAGAGCCUAGCGCGGCAGGCGACGCGGAACUGGAAGCCCGGCGACAUCUACGCGCCGCACGACCUGUCCCCGCAAGAGAUGGUUAAGUGGAAACAGCCCAAGCAGCCGUCCAAGGACAUCAUCGAUAUGCUCGGGUUGAAUCCUCUGGAUCAUUAUAGGAACUUUUCGAUCAUGGCCGAAUUCAUGACAACAAUGGGCCGCAUCAAGCACUCGAGGGAGACCGGACUACGACCGGUCAAUCAAAGGAAGAUGGCCAAGGCCAUCAGGAGAUCGAUUGGGAUGGGACUCCACCCUAGCACUCAUCACCACCCCAUGAUCCUCUUCCACCAGAAAACAAAUGCCCCAAGAUACCAGAACACCAAGAUACCUGACCCUGACAGGCAAAAGUUCAAGCCGAAAUAG